AUGCAGUGGGCGCUUGACACGCUCACAGCAUACUCAGGGGCCUUCGGCGUCGGCGCGGUGUUUGGCACGCACCUGUCCUCGACCCAGCCUUGCAUCUGCCACUGCGAUUUUGGGCCAGAUCGCGGGCUCCUGGACGUGAUCCAGGGGCAGCUGGACCGCUGCACGGCAGCUGGGCUGGCGCCUGCGCCCUCGCGGCCGAGCCCAGAGCUGGCCUGGUCGUCGGCGUGGUGCUGGCUGCUCGCGGGGCUGGGGCUCGGGAUCAUAGUCGGAGUUCUCCUCGGCGGCUUCUUCGCGCUGGCCAUCGUGGGACGAUUGGACUGGCAGGGAAGCUUCAAGAGGGCCAUCGGCGACAGGGUGUUGGGGUACAAAGUCACACCGAGCGCCACAGCGGGUGCCGUUAGACGGUGGAGAGUGUCGGGCCCUGGGCACAGCAAGUUCAACAGUGAGCUCGAGGACUCGGACAUGCUGCCAGGGAACCGAGCCGUGGUCAGAGGUGACUGCGGGCUGUAUCUCAUCGACGAGGAUGAGGAGGAUUGGGUCAGUGUAGAACGGGUUCCCAAUCGGCAGCUGCACGAGUGGUUGGAGAAGAAGAGGAGCGGGCCCGGCAGAGACCUGAGGAUCCAUCCGAUCCAGCGGGAUAGUGCCGGGCGCCGCAGCGCAUUGUUGGAGGAGUCGGUCAACUUGUUCAAGGUCCCGAAGUUUGAAGACUGGCCGUUCGACGGACCGUCAGCGGCCGACGAGGUUCUGUCCGAGGUGGCGAAAGCUGGGCUCGAGCUGUACUUGUAUCCGACGUGGUGGGAGAGCAAGAGCGGGGUGAACCCGCAGAGCAGUGUUGCGCGUGAGGUGCGGCUAUGCUUCGACUACCUUCGGAACCCGAAGAAUCCAGACUUCUCGGGGUUCGAGCGUUUCCUGCAGGCGUCGUUCGACGACAGUGGGGGGCUGCGGACCUCGGAGUUCGACAAGUACAUGGCCGAAUCCCAGAAGACCGACGCUACGGUGCUGAAGCAGUCCAGGCUGCGGCAGGAGGAGCUCGAGGCGGACGAGAAGAGGCAGGCCGCCAAGCCAGGUGAUCGCGCGGCCCCGUGCCGCUUCCAGGUGGGCGCUGGGAGUCCUGACGAGCGGCGCUUCAUGGUGACCAACGCUGUGAGUGCUCUCAACGGGGCACUCACUGGGUUGGAUGUGUCGGCCGACUCGUUGGGAGCAAUGGCCGACGGCCUUCAGCUCUGCGGGUGCUCAGUGGACUUCCUGGACGGCUCCUACCAGCUGCGGUACCUCCCCCUCUCCGACUGGUUCGGUAUCCCCGCCAAGAUCACCGCGGGGGACGCGGGCGUUAGCGUUGUCUACGACAACGUUGACGGGCAGGACGUCUGGGAGCGAGUCGAGCCGGACGAGCGUAUCUGGCCGUGCUUCUGCGGGGUGGCCACGGGCUGGUCGUGGGGCCUAUAUAUCUGUCACUCAGCGCUGACCGAUGGGCUGAUCGUGGCGGUCGGGCGCAUGAUGGCUUGCAGCCGAGAGGUCGCAGGGCGCCAGCUCGCUCAAGACGGAUUCCCGGCUCCGUGCCUCUCCAAGGGCAGGCCUGUCAUCGCGCCCUACGUGGACAACGGGAACGCGGUGUGCUACGACGUUGCCGACGCGAAGCUGGUUUACAAGGAGAUGGUGAGCGAGCUGGUCUCGAGGGGUUUCACUCUUCGGGGCCUCGUUGAGUUCGACGAGGACUUGGACAUGGUCGGCUUCGUGCUCUGCGGUUCGGACAAGAGCUGGAAGCACCCGCGGUCUCGCUUCUGGCGGCUCUACUGCGGAGUGGGCCAGCUGCUGGCCCGUGGGGGCUGCGCGGGAGAUGUGAUGCGCGUGGUGUUUGGGCACGUGGUCAACUUCUUCCUGCUCUCCCGGUGCUGCCUUAGCAUCUUGCAGGAGUGCUGCCAGUUCGUUCAGGAGAACAUCGGGCGCUGCCGGCGGUUCAGUGACGCGGUCGUCUCCGAGCUUCGCGCGUGCCAGGGGGUGUUGCCGCUGGUGGUCGCGAGGCUCAGCGACCCGUUCUACGAGAAGGCCUUCAUCAGCGACUCGUCCACCCACGGCCACGCGCUUCACCAGGGCUACUUCAGCGGGGCCGAGCUGCGGGCCGUUGGCCGCUGGAAGGAGCGCUGGCGCUUCGCCGACGAGGAGGAGGCUCUGGGUCUCGGCCUUGAAGCAAACGGGCCAGGCCUUGACGCCAACUUCAAUUGCCUGGGCGAGUCGUUCGACCUGGGCGAGGUGCCGGGGGGUUCCCCACGCAGGCCGACGGCCGAGGGGCCCGUCGGGGCCCGGCCGCGGUCGGCGAAGCCCGAGAUGGUCACUGGCAUCGUGCCAGCUCUUCCCGACGAGCUGCUGGACGGAGCACGCUGUUCUAGAGUGCUGGUGGGAGCCUGGGGCCGGCGGGAGGCGAUCCACAUGAAGGAGUACCGCAUCUCGCUGGCAGGGCUCAGGCGCGCCGUCGCGGACCCCAGGGCGCACGGAUGCCAGGUCCUCUCGGUUGGCGACAAUCUCUCCGAGAUCAUGGCGACCGAGAAGGGGAGGGCCGUCGACCAUGGGUUGAACGCACGCUGCCGUCGGGCGGCCGCCCUCCAGCUCGGCGCUGAGGUCCGCUGGGUGAGGAGGUACGUCGAGUCGGAGCGUAACCCGACGGACGCCGACUCCCGCCUGGCGGACAAGGGCAUCCUGAAGGCGGGCGAGGCGCUGCGCCCUGGCCGCCUGGCCGGGCGGCUGCGGGCGGCGGCCGCUAGCCGAGCGGCUGCCCCUGUGCAGGCGGCCGAGGGCCGGGGCCCGAGCUACGCGCGGGGCGCCAGCCUGGCGAGGCGGCCGUUCGGCGUCCUCGAGCUGUUUGCCGGCUGCGGGCGCCUCUCAGGAGCCUGUGCGCAG